GCACGACGGUUAUGACGACUACUACAGGAGGAGCGGCGGCCCGCUGACCACCAGUGCGCGUCUAUGAAGCGCCGUGCAGCGCACGGCCGCGCCGCGGCCGCCAUGCCUUCCGGGCUGCAGCUGCUGUGGCUCGUCGUGGCACUGUGUCAGCUGCCACCGCGCGCCCAAUGCUUCACGUGCAGCGACCGCUGCAAGUGCAUCUGGCGCAACGGCAAGACAUACGGCGAGUGUGCGCUCCAGGGGCUCACCGCGCUCCCCUCGGGCAUGGACGAAAGCCUGCAAGUGCUCAACCUGACCCACAACCUGAUCCAGACGCUGCCAAAGCGCGCUUUUUUCACCGCGGGACUCGUCAACGUCCAGAAGCUAUACCUGUCCCGCUGCGAGCUGAGCCACAUCGACGACUCCGCGCUAUUCAAAGUGACCAACCUCAUCGAGCUCGACCUGUCGGACAACAAACUGACUGUUGUGCCGACUGCGGCGCUCAGCAGCACGCGCAAUCUGAGGACCCUCUACAUCAAUCGAAAUCCCAUCACAGCUCUUGCGGACGUGGCUUUCGCAGAACUGACGGAACUGGCCCACUUGGAGCUGACUGAGUGCCGCUUGGAGUCCAUUGCUGUUCGUGCAUUCGAAGGGCUGUCCAAGCUGAAAGUUCUCAAGCUGGACCACAACCUUCUGGAGACUCUGCCGGGCAGAGCCAUGGCCCCGUUCCCGUCUUUGCACGAGAUCGCCCUAGACGGCAACCAGUGGCGCUGCGACUGCGAACUCAGGGCCUUCCGCAUGUGGCUGGAGAGGAACAAUAUCUCUCUCUACUCACCCGCGUGUCACAAGCCGCUUCGGUUAAGUGGCAGGCCGUGGAAGAGCCUGUCCAGCGAGGAUAUGGCCUGUCCCCCGGCAUUCCUCAACACGAGUACGAGCACGAUGGACGCGAUCGUGGUGCAAGAAAACAACAACGUGACGCUCGAGUGCCGCGUGCGCGCCGACCCCGCGGCCCACAUUUCGUGGCUAUGGAAGGACAAGCCGCUGACCAACCAGAGCGAGCCGGGCCAGGCGUUCGUUCUCACCCAGGACGCCGGCGACCGCGAGCGUCUCUCCUGGCUCACGCUCAGCUUCGUGCAGGAGCCGUUGGCGGGCCCAUACGCGUGCGCCGCGCAGAACGCGGCCGGCCGCGUGGUGAGAAACUUCACGCUCGCUGUGAACCGGCGCCCGACAGAAGUUCGUGCGUCUGCCGGGGGCUCAACGGCCGAGGUGGAGAUGACGGAGCAGGCGCGUGAGUCGACCGAGCUGCAGCAGCGCUCGUACACCGAGAACCCCGUGCUGGGCAUGGUCAUCGGCAUUUUGGUUGGCGCUCUCGCCGUGCUGCUUGUGUUCGGCCUUACGUUGUGGCUGUGCCGGCGGCGAGGCCGCCGCCGAGGUGCGCCAGCGGGCUCACGCAAGUCCAAACGCACGGAGGCCAAUAGCAAUCACAAGACGCUGCACAACGACAAGCAGCAGCAACAGUCGCAGCCGGCAGCUGGCGACGCGGCUGACGUCAAGUUGCUGGUGAACCCGAUCCAGAAGCCGCCGCGCCUGCUCAUGACCAACAGCUACCAGGGUCUGCCGUCGGAGCUGGAGCCUCUGGACCCGGGCCUCUGCGUCGAGUCGUCCUCGGGCGUCUGGGUGGUCAAAGAGCACGACUAUUCGACAGACGAGUCGGUGCUCUCGUCCAUUCCUUCUCGCGCGGGCACCAUUGACCGGCGCUCAUUGGCCCGCAGUCCGAUCCCCGUGCCCAUGCCCGUCGUGCCGCCCCCCACGGACGACCUGCAUGCGCGCCUGCACGGUGAGCUGACAGAUACGCUGCGGCGCACCAAGGGCGACCGGCGGCCCCUGGUCGAGCGACCCGACGCCCAGAGUCCGCUCGAGCCGUACGCGGGCCUCGAGACGCUGCGUGUGCGAGACCUGGAGCCGCGCGGGCCCGACCUCAUCGACCAGAUCGGCGGCGCCGCCCAGCCCCCGCCGUCACCGCGAUGGACGCCGUACGAGCACCCAUCGGCAUACUACCGCGCCGCGGCUGGCACGCCCCAGAGCUGCUACCCGCCCAGCAUACCCGAGGCGCCGGCGGACGGCACCGAGGUCUAGUCAGAGUGCCCCGACGCAGCGUCUUUUCACGAACAGGACGAUGCACACUAAUCACUCCGGGGCACGAAAAGGUGCUUUGCUGUCUCGUGGCCAACACCCACUGAUUGCCAUUUGUGCACGAGAUAACUAGCUCAUAGGACAUCCCACGCUACUGAGGUCUACUAAGAGCACUGCAGCUUAAGUACACUCCGACUUUCUUUACAAAGCAAGCCGUUAGCCGAAUUGUCAUUUCGGUGACUGCACUUUCCUGGAGCAUGCACAUAAAGCUGCUAUGCUAUGUGAUUAGAUUUUAAGCCGACACCUAGGCCAUCAGGACAAGAAGACACAAAUGGCCUAGAGCCACCUAAACUGAUUAUUGGCAUCUUGAAGGAGUAAACCAUUAAAUUCGGUAAUAUUGAGUGUCUAAAAUAAAGAAUACUCCAGCAUUACCAGCAGCAAGGAAGAAAAGCUACUGAUCGGAGGCACAUUUGCAACGUAUUCAAGCACUAAUGGCAACUACUCUUGUGCUUGAAUUGAAAGCAAAUCCUAGUAUAACUAGGAUUUGCUUUCAAAUUGUACAACUGCUGCAAUGGAGCCCCAGGUAAUACUAGUCUAGCACAUACAGACAAGGUCACCAGAAAGCACAUGAACAUAGACACUGAACUGUUCAUGUGUUCUAUUGUUUUUGUUUGCAUGCGUUACACUGGCACUCCAAGAUGACAUUCCAACAAGCCCACAGUGCAACACUAUAAGCCCUGUAAAUUGUCUAAUCGUUGAGGGUGUUAGCCAUGAGAUGCUUACACACCUUUUCACGUGUCCAAUUAUUCUGUGUGCACUCAUAGAAGGUGAUGUGAUGCGGCGUUAGACACUUAACUUUUCGCAGCCAAGGGUGGAAAAUGAACACUCUCCCUCUGCAUUUGUUCCUUCAUUGUAUUCUGCAUUUGUUCGUGCGUGUUUCUUUUUGGACGUAACUCCCCAAUGUAAAGAUGUGUCGUUUCUGUUCCCACCACCAUGCGACUCGUCACACCACACAUAGUAUUGAAUUGUGUUUGCGUGAAGCUGAUGCCGCCAACAAGGAUGUGGGUGUAUUGUCAGUUGUGACCGUCCCUCACACCGCUGUUCUCAUUUUACACGUACACUGGUCGUGCCAUGUGGGGCGGAUUACUAGUUUAGCUUCAUUACCUUCACAGUGGUUGACUAGUUGCAGAGUUUAAAGCGCCGUGGCAGUUCAAUCAAGAAGAAUGGUGACUCGUCUUCACCAAAAGUUGAGGAAGCAGAUUUCACUCAUUUUUGUACAGCUACAGGAUGUUGCACUCACUUCUCAAAGUGUGUGUGGUACACACCUGCAAGCAAGGAAGAUAUUUCACGUUGACAUGAGAUUUUGGCAUGGUUGAACUGUGCUUCACUAGCCUGUUUCUCAGGAAAUAUAGAAGAUUUUAUCACACGUGACCACAUAUUUUACGUCCCCACAUUAGGAUUUGACUAUAACUGUGCCACAUCUUGGGACUUCAUCUGGCCACCACUGUCAUUACACAAGCAUUUUUGCAUUCCUCUUUCAUUGCAAUAUGGUCACCAUAGCCAGAAAUAGACAGGCGACCUCUCAUUCAAUAGUGUACCACCACGGCUAUUGGUCAGCACUGUGGGUAGAAUUCGUUUGCACUAUGUAACAAAAAAACAAUGAAUUAGGGUGGUUGUGCUUGCCAUUUCAUUAUUUCUGUGUGUGAAAAGAGUCAAAUGACUGUCGACUCAAUGCCGCUGUUUAAUUUUUUUAACAGCCUGCAUUUUUAUGCAUUGAAGUACUAUUGGUACAAUGGUGCCAGCACACAAGCAGAGUCACGAAAAAUUUAAACUAAACUCAAAUACGAAUAUCUUAUUGCAGAUCUGACAGAUGACACACCCAAUACUUGUUUUCUAUAUAGUUUUACUUAAACAAGUCGUAGCUUGUGAAUCUUAAGGCUAUUUAAAAGCCAAAACUACAAGUUUACAAAAUAUAAAGUUAAGCCCACAGGAACUGCUGUACCCACUCCCCUCAGUAAUGCCUUCGGGCCCUGAGGGUAAUGAAAUAAAUAAACUGGCAUAGCCAGAGGGAGAGAUGGAGGGUUCGAUCCUCCCCCUCCCACAAUUAAUAUCCUGGUUAGGCCCUUGCUGCAUCAUGACUAAUGAAAGCAGGUUUGCACCAUGCUUCCUUCAUUCAAAGCACCAACUCAUUAUGCUGGACAGAUGGCAGUGUGACAAAACCAUUGUCUGCAAGAACAUGCCAGAAAAGAAACUACAGACUUGUUUCACCUUGCAUAAUCACAGUGCAGUUUCCAGCAACGAUGUCUCUUUAAAGGGUCACUAAAGAGAAAAACGAUUUUUCUUAUAUUAGUAAAUUGCUCUUUCACUCUAAAAUCGCCAUGAUUGCCAUGAUAAGAUGCUUGAUAAGCGACAAAACGCUCAAAAAGAAGAUGCUGAUGAGUGUUAAGCUCCUCUAAAGUGCCAAACGAAGCUAGUCAGGCAGAACAAUUUGCUCUAGUUUGCCUCAUGACAAAAGAAAGCUUAUCAAGAAGCAUAAAUACAGGUACUUCAUAUAUUUCUUCUGAAUGUGCAUGCUUUAAAUAUAAGGGGUUCAGCAUUUGUCCUGUGUAGCUCGUUGCGUCUAGUCUAAAUUCGCAUCAUAAAACCGUGUUCCUAAUUUAUUGGUUGUUUUCAAUUACCUCAUAGCACAGAAAAACAUUUUGUUGAAAGGUCAUUGGUAAAACAUUGAAUUUUUUACCAUAAGUUUUAUUGCACAUAUCUCAAAACCAGCACCAUCCCUAGAAUUUGUCCCAAGCAAAUAUGCCUUGCAAAUGCUCUAGCCAAAAUUUGUAAAUUUCAAUAUGUGCCAUGAUAUAACUAAAAUGUUAAUUAGUGAGAUCAUGUUAGCCCAUUAUUUAUUUGAAGUGGCAUAUUGCACAAGCAAUAUGCCACUUCAAGUAAUUGAGCCCUAGGAUUACAAUGCUGCUGUCACAGAGAGCUUUUUUAAAAUUUGCACUAUAGAAAGGGAAUACAAAUUUACUGGCAGAGCCUAGUCUGCCUCUCUCGUACAGUGGUUACGGUGCUCAGCCGCUGACCUGAAGGUCACGAGUUCAAUCCCAGCUGCAGCAGUCGCAUAUCAAUGAAGGUGAGAUGCUAGAGGGCCACCUACUGUGCAAUGUUAGUGCACGUGACCAAAAUUUCUGGAGCCAUCCACUACAGUGUGCCCGAUAAUCAUGUGGCGAUUUUAGCACACAAAACACCAGAUAUCAUUUACUGGCAGAGCCUCGAAUUCAGUAUGUACUCAUAACAUAUAAAUUUCUUAUUGUUCAUAACAGUGUAAAUUUCCUGUUUUAUUAUCUAUAGGCCGAGGUUGUAGUGGAAUUGAGUGUGACUAGCAGAUGAAAUCUUGUUUAUUUCAUUCUCUGCAGAAUUAUAAAUCUGGUGCAAAGAAUAUGUUUCAGCUUAAUUACCUGAAAAUAUUUAUCCAGCAUGUUUUACUACUGUACCUAAUGAAAUGCAUACAUUGAAUGGUUACAUGUAAGGCCAUUACUGAACCACUUACAUGGAGAUGUUGGUCACUGAUGAAAAUUUAUGAAAAAAAGACAUCAACUUCAGAUUAGUAGGUAUAUUGAAGUACCGUGUUCAACCAUGUCACAAGUCCAUGAGCACAGCAAAAUAAGCUGAAUUCUGAUUGUUACACGGCUAUUUAUUAUACCAGUGACACCACUUGUAUACUAUAGUUCCCUAUGCCAAAGGAUCUGUGCAUCUAUACAGCCGACUGCUGCAAGCUGGACAGACAGAGUUACACAUGGGAUGACCGGCUUGUCUGCAUUGGUUAUUUCCAAACACGCAAAGUCUCUCUAACUAUUCGGAAGUCAGUGCAAUGAGGUUUUGCUGUUGUGCAGUGCACAGUGCUCUUUUGUGACCCCACAAGUGAAAAAGUUCUCCACUGUUCUUAUCCUGCAAGACAAGAUGUGCCUUAUAAGUGUGAAGUUUUUUGCAGGCAGAGAUGGACACUUGACACAUGGAGUGCUGCUACUGUGAGAUGGUCAGACAUGAAGAACUCUUCGGAAUAGGCACUGCAAGAAGCUCAACGGAUGUGUAUAAAUAUGUGAACCAUGUCAUUACGUGUGCGCGCAUGUGUGUGUAAAUAAUCUGCAUUGAACAAUGGACUGAAAUAAAAAACUGCAGUGUUCCAGGACGAA